AGCAGACAGAGCAUGAGUGUGAGCGCUGUACUACUGAUCCAACAUCCAGACCUAUAAACAGCUGAUUCUAGCAGUCUCAAAGCUGGAUCUACUGACAAAUUCUCAAGGACUCUGAUUUCCAUUGGGAUUUCUUUUUUCCUUUGAGAAAUGAGUUGGAAACCUGUGUCUCAAAGAGAAUUGUUUGAAAAGCCUGUUUGGAGAUCAACACAAGCACAUGGAGACUGAUUUGAGCUUUACCACCAUCCUCGAGGACUUCCACCACUGGAAAUCCACCAUUGUGAGGCCCUACGAAGGUGAACAGUGAUCGUCCCAUCAGUACACAGUUCUCCUUUCCAGGGGUUUGAGGAGAAGAAGAAAAAUAAACGAGCAAGAGAAAAGAUCUCCAUGAGCGCCAGAAAAUCUGGAGAGAAAACACAUCGAGACACAAAGAAAAAAAUGUGGACACUAAACAUGACACGUGUCUCGAUCCUAUUUCUCCUCCAUGUCCUUCUGGUUGAAUGGGGUCAAGCAGCAGAAGACGACGUCACCCCUCGCCUCAGUUUCUCUUACAAUGCAAACGAGAGGUCGGCCAAGAGAUUUUCACCCAAUGGAGUCUUCAAUUACACCUCUCUGCUCCUCAGUAAAGAGGAUAACAUGCUGUACGUUGGAGCUCGAGAGACUCUUUUCGCACUCAAUAUCACUGAUAUCAGCAGAACACAGCUGCAGCGUAAUUUAACAUGGAGCACACCACAGAAAAAGAGAGAGGAGUGCAGUUUCAAAGGGAAAGAUUUACAGAUUGACUGCUUCAACUACAUCAAAAUUUUACUGCGCGUGAACAGCACUCACCUGUAUGUGUGUGGAACAUAUGCUUUCAGCCCUAUCUGCGCAUACAUCAACACAUCUGAUUUUUCCCUGGUGCGCAAUGAAAUGGGAGAAAUAAUCACUGAAGAUGGUCGUAGCCGGUGCCCUUUCAACCCUGAAUACAAGUCCACGGCCAUCAUGGCCGAUGGAGAACUGUAUGCCGGCACAGUCAGUAACUUCCAAGGGAAUGAACCCAUCAUUUACAAAAGCCUUGGACAGGGCACAGCAUUAAAGACUGAAAACUCACUGAACUGGCUUCAAGACCCCGCUUUUGUAGGCUCAGCCUACAUUCAGGAAAGUUUGCCCAAAGGCAAUGCAGUCGGCGAUGAUGAUAAGAUUUACUUCUUCUUCAGUGAAGCGGGAAAGGAGUUCGAUUUCUUUGACAACACUAUUGUGUCACGCAUUGCUCGCGUGUGUAAGGGUGACAAAGGUGGAGAGAGGGUUCUUCAGAAGAAAUGGACAACUUUUCUGAAAGCGCAGCUCCUUUGUUCACUACCUGACGAUGGGUUCCCUUUCAACAUCAUCCAGGAUAUGUUUGUAUUGACCCCCAGCAAAGAGGCCUGGAAGAGUACUGUGUUUUAUGGAGUCUUCACCUCACAAUGGUACAAAGGUGCAUCAGGCAGCUCAGCUGUAUGUGCGUUCACUAUGGACCAGGUCGAAGAGGCGUUUAAUGGACGUUACCGGGAAGUUAAUCGCGAGACGCAGCAGUGGUACACCUACAACCACCCAGUACCAGAACCCAGACCUGGAGCGUGCAUCACUAACACAGCCCGCACCCAAGGGAUCUCCUCGUCCCUGCACAUGCCUGAUAAAGUGCUGAACUUUGUGAAGGACCACUUCCUCAUGGAUAGCGUAAUCCGCAGCCAGCCUCUGCUGCUCAAACGAAACGUGCGCUACACGCAGCUCGCUGUGCACCGAGUACAGGCUCUCCACAACACAUACGACGUGCUCUUCAUCGGCACAGAUGACGGCAGGAUCCACAAAGCCAUCAACGUCAGGAACAAGAUGUAUAUCAUUGAAGAGCUGGUGAUUUUUCCCGAGCCUCAGUCCGUGCAACACAUCGAACUGGAUGAUGAGAAGGGGCUGUUGUUUGUGUCCAGCUAUUCUGGGCUGGUUGAAAUCCCUCUUGCCAACUGCUCCAACUACCAGAGCUGUGGAGAGUGUGUGCUGUCUAGAGAUCCUUACUGUGCCUGGACAGGGAAGCAGUGUUCAAAUAUCAAAUAUGCGCUAACUAAGAGUCAAUGGCAACAAGAUGUAGAUGAUGCCAACACUGCAAUAUGUAAAAUGUCAAUGGCUGGCCCUCGCUCUGUAAAACCAACCCCACCACGUGUUCCAUCAUGCCAUGUGAUACAAAUACCAGCCAAUACAUUUACGGUUCUUCCCUGCCAGCUGCGAUCUAACUUGGCAGAGAGGCGAUGGGAGUACAGUCACACCGCCGAGCGAUUCGUCUAUCCUAGUCCUGACGGCGGGCUGGUGGUUGUAGCCCAAGUGGAGAGGGAGGAGAUCUACCAAUGUUGGUCAGAAGAAGGUGGCUACCAACAACUUCUGGCCAAUUAUUGCGUCAAAGCAGAUCACGAAAGCACCACUCUGAUUGGACGUUCCCGAACGCAGUUUGUACCCCAAGGGGAAGCGAUUAUCCUGCCCGGGGAAACAUGGUCGCCAGAAAAAACCAAAACGUACUGGAAUGAGUUGAUUGUUGUGUGCGCCUUACUCGUGUUUUCCCUGGUGGUCCUGUCGCUGUUCGUGGCAUACAGGAACCGAGACAGGAUGAAGUCCAUGCUGAAGGAAGGUGAGUGCCCCAACAUACAACAGAAGAAAGCACGAAUUCCAGGGAAGCACACGGAAAGCCUUCCAUUAAAUGGCAACAACAUCCCGCCCUCGGUGUCUGACCACAAGGGCUACCAGGCGCUCAAUGAUAACUACAUCUGCAGCACUCCCACCCACGAGUGCUCCUCACCCGAGAACAGCAAGAGCUUCUCAGAAUCCGAAAAGAGACUUUUGAACUUAAAGGAGAGCCACGUUGAGAUCUCACCGACUUGCCAGCGGCCUCGAGUGCGGCUGGGCUCGGAGAUCAAAGACUCGAUCGUUUAAGUCUGUUUGGGAUGAAUGUUUAAAAAAAGUGGCCUCUGAACUGAACAGCACCAAGGGAGGGACAGACUGAAAAUGACUGGAAACGUACCAUCACUGGGUUUUGUUUUGCACUUUGUCUCCUCUCAUUUUGUCUUGGUGAUCUGUUCACAUUUCUCAGUCACUGCCAAGUCUGUGAAGCACCCAGAGCCACGCUGAGUGGGAAGCAAGACACUUUGAAAAAGAAUAGUGGGCAUUGCGAGGCUCGCCGAUCCAGUCGUCCCGCCCGGUCCGUCCAAAAAUGUCUGGUGGCAUCUGUGUGAAAGCAAUACGAUGCCCUCAGGGUUCAUUAACCUGUCAUGCUCCCAUCUCAUCCCUGCAGCGUAGAGUUGGUCACCCUGUGACCGAGAAGACAAAAUUUCAAACUUAAGUCAACAAUAGAGUCUCUGCUAAACAUAGUGCCUGAAGUGAGAUGAUUAGCUGACAUUUCAACACAAUAUAAAGCAUAGUGGUGCAUCAAAAGCUUUGAUGAUAUAUGCAAAACCUUUGCAUAGUAUAUCAUCACGACCUCAGCACAUAGCAGCCAUACUAUGCAAAUCACAUAAAGGAGAAGUAUCUUUUAGAGAGCUAACAAACAGCAUAUGACUGUCUUAGAACAAUAAGUGAUGCCACGACCUCAGUAUUCUACACAGCUUCUCCUUGGUACACACGUUAAAUAAAAUAUGCAAGUGAGAUUGCGGCAUAUACAGUAAAGAGCCCGCAGGGGGGUUUCAGUGUGUAGAGAACUCCAAAGAAGGCAUGUUAGCAAUACUAUGAGUAUGUCCAAGGCACAAAUUACAUUCUGAAGAUGCAGGAACUUGAAUAUCUCUGUUCCUUAUCCCACUAAUCAAAAUCAGUUGCUAUCAGUGAUAUACCAAUUAAAGACCAAUGGUUCUCAAACUUUUUGACUCCAAAGCCCUUCAUAGUCCACAAGAUCAUUUGGGGAGCCCACUUUUCCAGUUGUCCAUUAUUUACUACUCAUAAUUUCUACCUGAUAAAAUUCUGUAUAUUCAAUAGAAAAAUACACAUUGAGUUUUUAUUAAAUUACACAACCUUUCCAGGUCUAGAAAUCUAGAAAAUGAAAUGAGGCUUUCUCAUAUAUCUAAGGUAAUUCUGGUUCUUCAAAGAGAAAGGAGGUGAACUGAUAUAGAAAUAACUUGAUGGUUAGUUUGUUUGACUUAUUUUAGAAUUUAAUUUGUCUUACUUUAGUAGUCAUUUUGAGAACCACUGAUUUAAAGGGAUAGUUCAUGCACAAAUUAAAAUGAAUGUCAUAAUUUACUCACCAUACAAAUGUCAAAUGAAAGUCAAUGGCUUCUAGUUUUUGACCCCACUUGGACAAAAACAGUUGAAAUAUUCUUCAAGAUAUAUCUAUUUGUGUUCCACAGAAGAAAAGAAAAAGUCAUACAAGUUUGGAACAAUCUAUGAGAGUGAGUAAAUGAUGACAGUUUUCAAUUUCAGCUGAACUUGAAUUAGUGCAUAAUACAAUAAAUGGAAGUGACUAAACGUCUCGAGGUUGUUUACUGAUUCAAAUUGGUUGUUGUGCCAAAAUUUUUUUAGUGAUUAAUUUCAGAUCUCUUUGGAUCUGUCAAGAACUAUGUUCUCUUGACUCGAAAGUGUACUUUUUUCAAAUUGAAGACAAUUAUUGCCAUGUUGUAAAUUCGAAAGAUGUAUUUGCAUUCGGACAGAAUGAAAACGUGUGGUUAAGACUUUACAUGCCAAUUUUACGCUAAGCUAUGAGAUCAAUGCUCCCGAAGAGUGUAAAGUGACCAGCAGAUUUUUUUUUUCCAUGAAAAAGUGCCAUGUUCACUGUAACACCUCAAGUCAAAGCAGGCUAACAGAUGUUUUUGGGUGGGAGCAAUGACAUAUAUGUAUAUGAAACAGCCCGUUAUAAAUUGUCAGCUGCAAGAGUGUCAUAUAAAAAAGUACAGUGCUUGGCUGCUGUAAAGCUCUGGGUAUCGAAACCACAAAACAAGACACAAAUGUAAGUUACUAUAGCAUAGAAUCAACAUAAGGAUCCAUGUAAAAAUGUAUAUUAACAACAAACACACACACAAAAUAAAAUAUAUAAAAAAGUAAAAUUCCAGUAAAAUUCCCAAAGACAAGCAUUGUAUAUUGCACCACAAAUGUGCGUAAUAUUUCAUCGUCAUUGAUCUUUAAAGAACACACAGACAUCCAUAUUGUGAAUGUAGUUAUGUGUUGAUUGAAAGUGUUCCAAAAUGAUUCUUUCAAUAGAAGCAUUGUGUCUUAUUUAAAUUUGUGCUGAAUGUUUGAAAAUGGGAGAUUUACUUUUCCAUGAUCUGAUGGACACUGACUUUGAUCACAAAGUUGUAUAAUUGUAUUUGUAAGGGGAAGUAGUGAAUGAUUUUUAAUGUUUUUGACAUUGCUUUUUUUUCUUUUUUUUACAGAUUGCAUUACAAUUCUUUUUUUCCUGUUAUAUUUGCACAGAAUGUGGAAAUGGUUCAAAGCAAAAUAUCUGGGAAUUACUGUUCUCUUGACAUUGCUGUAGCAAGUACCAGUUGAAUGGUUUUGUUAAUGCCUCCGAGCUAGAUUUUGUGAAAGGGUAUGCGGGAAAACAAAUGUAAUCUUGUAGCCUUUUUGUGAUUCAAACACGUGAACAAAAAGCAAACCUCACAUGCAUGUCUGCUCUGGUGGACUACACAGUAGGAUUACCUAGUACAUGUAAAGUCGCAAACCACUGUAUAUUGAAUGGUCAUCUGUGCAACAGUCCACUGCAAGAGUAUGUCUCCACUGUGCUAAUUAAUAUCUACAGAGGUCCCCUAAUAUAUAUAUAUAUAUAUAUAUAUAUAUAUAUAUAUAUAUAUAUAUAUAUAUAUAUAUAUUACACACACACAAAACACUUACCGACUAUAUUUAAAGCACAAAAAAUAAAAUUUAUUUGUAAUAUUCUAUAACUGUUUUACAUAUACUCAGACCUCUGAAAAUCACUUUCAAAAUAUCAUGCAAAAAUAAUUAAUAAUGUUAGCAAAUUUGCUUAUGCUUUUCAGUACGUCUUCUAAUUAUUAUCACUAGCGUGCCGUUUUACAGAGUAGACAAUGUGAAAACUUCACUGUACAUCAGCUGCUACCUACAAGCGGUAGAUUUAGUCAUGUAUAGAUAGUCAUAUACUCCCAUAUUUCAGUGCUGAACUAAUUCAGACAUAAGAGUUUCUGGACUGUAGUAGUCUGCUACACUCUUAAAUGCUCAGAUACAUUCUUUAUAAUGGCACACCAAGAUGCUCUGAACUAUUGUAAGUUAAUGUCUUGUAAACUUUAAUGUAAAGGUGUAUUUGUACAUUUUGCUGCCAAUGUAAAGAGAAAAAAAUCUGUUGUAAAAGGUGUUUUUUUUUUGUAUUAUACAUCACUACUGUUUUGUUGUUUUUAUUAUAUUGUAAAUAAAAGCACUUUAAGUUUAAUUUUUUUAAAUAAAUGAAAUAAAACCA